GUCGUUUCGUUGCUGCAUUUUUUUUUUUGUUUAACAUCAUGGCUGGUCCGGAUUCCCAGUUCCCCGUUGCGCUGUUCGCCUACGGCACUCUCAUGUACCCCGAAGUGGUCAACAAGGUCAUGAAGCGUGUGCCAGACAUGCACGACGCCGUGCUCGAGGGGUACUAUCGCAUGCACAUCCGAAACCGGCUGUAUCCGGCGGUGGUGGCGCACGACGCGUGGCCGUUGCCCGCAGAAUUGGCAAACCCGACUGCCGAAGCCAAAGCAACACGGCCAGCGAUGGUGCAUGGUCGUGUCAUGUACAUUUCAGAGGCCGAGCUGCGCGCGAUGGAUGUGUACGAGUCAUCCAGUUAUCGGCGGUGUGUCGCAAAAGUCAAGCUCGCCGCCAACGCUGGCGCAGAGCCAAUUGAUUGCCAUGUGUAUGUCUGGGGCGAUUCCAUGAGCGAUCUCUACGGCGAGUGGGUGCCCGAAGAAUUCCUCAAGGAAAACUACGAAAAGCAUUGCCGAAAUAUGGGCAUUGUUCGUCCUUCACCUGCAGAGUAGAAAAAACCAAACGACGACUCGAGUAAAACCAGUGUUUCUUCAUUCAUGGCGC